UAUACAAAUCUAUACAUAACUCGUAAUCAUCUUCAAAAUAAAGAAGUUAGAACCGCCUCCACCCAAACACAGUGUGCUACUUCAAGGUUUGUCUUGUAAAUCACUUUGGACCCACAAAGGACAUUUGCCAAAGGAUGCAAAAUAUUUUUUUCCUCAUUGAACAUUUAUCUGACCUGUAUAUUGGUAACAAAAAUCCAGUCUCAUCAUUAAGAAUUGCGUAUUUAACUAUUGAAAAUACUCCUCCACUCGACUGCUCAACAAUGUUGACAACACAUAAAAAGCUUGGUCUGGCUCUCUUCUACUUCUACUCCGACCGACCACAAAACCUCAAAAGGCAAUUUUCAUGAGAACAGCAUGACAGGAAAUACGCUUUUUUUUAAGCCAGUCACCUCCAGAUAUCAUCUCAUUUCUCUUCGGCAAAGAUCCUAAUCAGAGACAACAUCAUGUUGAGCUUUUUUGGUAUUAUACUGCUUCUUAUCCACAAAGAAUAUGCACUGGUCACAGUGAUGACAGUUCAACUUGGUGAACCUGGCACCUUAACAUGUCUCUUGCCUGAUUUUGAAUACAGCAAUGCACGAAUCAAGUGGUACAAACAGAGCACUGGUGAUACUCUUGUGUUAAUGAACACUCAGAUAAAAGGUACCAAAAGUACUACAUUUGAAGAAAGGUUUCGGUCCUCACGAUUCAAUGUGAACUGUACUGGAACCACUAGCACUCUGACUAUUCUGAAGACAAUCCCAGAGGAUGAGGCAAUGUAUCACUGUGCUAUCACUACCUGGAGUGAGGAUCAUUGGAGUGCCACGAUUUUGUCUAUAGAAGAAAAGAUUCAGAGGACAUCAAAUUUUACUGUAUUUCAGCGGCCGAGAGUUUCUCACCCAGUGCACCCAGCAGACUUGAUAAGACUCAAGUGUUCACUUCUGAUUGACUCCCAGAGGACAACUUGUCCAAGUGAUCACAGUGUGCACUUGUUUGGGGUCGGACCAGAUAAAUCAGAUGGAAACAUCAUCUACACUGACAGAAACAAAUAUGAUGAUUGUGACAAGAAAUCUGAUCUGCAUUCGACUCCAAAGAGCUGUGUUUAUCACUUCUCUAAGAACGUCAGCUCUUCUGAUGAUGGAACUUACUACUGUGCUGUGGCUACAUGUGGGGAGAUUUUAUUUGAAAAAGGAACCAAGCUGGACAUUGAAGUAACCGGCUCUUCGCCUUCUUCCCAAAUCAGUAUAAUUCUGCUUGUGUCAUUUGUGGUCUUGGUUACAAGCAUGGUUUUAUUGGCCAUUCACAAAUGUGAUUAUUGCAAUGAUAAAGCGGCUGUUGCCCUGCAAGAAAAUGUUGCAGAAAGGACUUCAAAGAGAGAUGAAGAUCCAGGGUUUUAUUCUGCUGUCAUCUUUACCAUGGUUAAAACCAGCAGUGGUGGAACAAGGGAUGAAUACUCAGCAGAUGGAAAGAGAAUCUGAGCUGCUGUCAAGUCUUCUGUCAGACAUCCUCAACGAGGGCAUAUGAUGCUGGGUAUAUUUCCUUCAGAUAGCUUUGCAUUGAGCUGAAAUAAUUUACGGCUAGAAAAUGAUUUUCAUAUCUAAAGUUGGUGUCUUUGGAAACCCCAAAUUAAGCCUCUGACUGAAAUGCUUCAUUUUAGCUCUUUGAGGUCCCCCCCAACACUCCAGAAUCCAGCACUCCUGAAGCCUCCUCCCAUAUUGCCAAGCAACAAAGUAUGGUCUCUCAUUUGAAAAUAAAAAAUGUUCCCUUUCAAGGACAUUCACCAGCUGGUGAUGUCACGAUUUGAGCAAAUCUCUUGUUGAUAUCACUGAAUUCUCAUGUGACUUACCGAACAAGCCUUUCAGAGCAGUAUGCAGUAUGCUUCAAAACAUGCUCGCCUCACAAUUUGAAUUUUUUGGGGCGUUUUCGCCUUUUUAUUGAUGGAACAUCUGAAGAGAAAAAGGAAAUGUAGGGAGUAGAGAGUGGGGGAAGACAUGCAGCAAGAAGUCAUUGCCGGGAGUCGAGCCAGCAACCUCUGCGACAAGGAUUUUAGCCUCUGUAUAUGGGGCGUGCUUAGACCGCUAGGCCACUGGCACCCCAAUAUUUGUUUGUAAAAUAUGAAAAAGCAAUAAUACCACCUCUUUAAGUAACACAUGUUAUAGCUUGCAUUGUUCGUAUGAAGCUUAAGGUUGUCAAUGCAAGUGGCUGGUGCACAAUCUUAAUUGUACAUGUUGAAUUGAUAUUUUGCUGUUAGGUUAUACACUUUUCAGAUGAAAAUAAAACAAUGUGUUGUGUUUAA